GUCUCAAGCAAUUUUGACGAAGCAGUAAUCAGGAAUCACAUCAUCAUCUUGCGGCAGUCUGGGCCCCAACCGGCGGCCUCGGGAGAGACUGUCCGCCCUUCUCGUCGUGAGAAUGCCUUUUCCGCUUGCAGGCCCGAGGGGAUAAAGCAUAUAGAAUGCCAGCAGCCCUGUUCAUCUGCAGGUCAAUCUGCAUUCUCCUCGGUUGCCUGGUUGCCUCGUCUCUGUCACAGUCACCAAUGGAAUCACAAUCCCGAUUUGGUGCCUUUCUGGCCGUUCUCAACGUUACCUGGGCGUUGGCUCUCAUGCACCUCGCUGUUCAAUACUGUCGAAAGAGCAGCUUCCCUCAAGUCUCCGGUGUUUACCUUGCCCUCGACCUUCUGCAGCAAGCUCUUGGCGUUAGUCUUUGCUCCUUCUUCUUUAUGAGGGGGGUUUUUACCCAGGGACUCUCGACCACUAUAUUUUUGGCUCUAGCAGUAUGGUUGAAUACCGCCCGACCACUGAUAAUGCCUUUUUCUCGUCUCGAGACAUCUCAAGGGACCCUAAUGCCUCCGGCGAUACUCGUAGAGGCGGGCUUAUCCAUUGUCAAUCUACUUGCACUAGUUGGUGGUGCGGCCCUGGUGAAUCAGCGACUUGUGCAGAGAGUGGCACUUGCCGCGAUAUCUUUGCAAGGGCUCUGGCAUGCUUGGGCUUUCAAAGGGUGCCUCAAAGACCUCUUGGAGGAUUAUAAACCACGGAAGAUGAACUACGUCUUGGUGCUUUGCCUGGCUUGCUACAUUCUGACACCGCUAGUGGCCUUCGUCUCCGACAUCCAGCUUCUGUAUCUCGCAGCAUUCUUCAUGAGUGCACCAAUGAAAGGUUUCAUUAUCGUCUUCAGACUCGUACAUUGCGGCUCCCAAAGGUCGCAAAUAUUCAAUGACAUCAAUCAAUAUGUGACGGUGCCGGAGCAAAAUAACACAUCAAUGCCAGAUGGGGUUGAGGGAUCUCGUGGCGAUAAGACACCACAUACCUUGUCUGGAGAACCGGACGUAGGGACAAACGAAGUUCAGUCUUCGUCCACGUGAACUCAAUGAAUACUGGCUUUCUCAUCUACCCUCUUGUCUGAUUUCAUAUACCUAGCUGCUUUAAUAAUUCAAAUCCCGUGUCGCCCUACCGCCAUCUCCCCUGUGGGGAAGCAGUUGGGACAUGUCGAUAUCAGAAGGUUACUCCAUAAUGCGACCUCUUACUGAAACUAUACAGGAGGCUACACGCACCAUACAUGUGAUAUGUCAUAUAUUAGCUUGGCACAUAUCACACGCGUUUGAGUGAGGGUCGUGUGCAUUCGAUAGGCUUGAAAAUUUCCUUUGGGAUCCUUCUGGUGAUCAAUACUUUACUGCUUGGACAAG